CAAGAUUCAGGUUAUCGAAGCACAAUGAUCACACUCGCCCGCAAGAAGAAAGAAUCGGGCAAUGGUGGUGGAGCUGGCGGUAAUGGUGGAUCCACCACCGGAAGCACCGGCAGCAGUCCUAUGGCCGAUACACCGAAACGGAUAUCGAUAAGAGAGUUUCUGCUCGUGAAGGAAGUGCAAGAGCUGGAACAGAACUUACCGACCACCUGCAAGGUGACGUUCCACGAUCCGAACGUGCUGAGCGAGUUUACGCUGGUGAUCAGUCCGAACGAAGGUUUCUGGUGCGGUGGUCGCUUUAAGUUCAGCAUUCUCGUACCGGAAGAGUACAACAUGGCGCCACCGAAAGUGAAAUGUCUUACCAAGCUGUGGCACCCGAACAUAUCCGUGGACGGGGACAUCUGUCUAUCGCUGCUCCGGCUAAACUCGAUCGACGGUCUCGGUUGGGCACCGACACGCCGCCUCAAGGAUGUCAUCUGGGGUCUUAACUCACUCUUCACCGACCUGCUAAACUUUGACGAUCCGCUCAACAUCGAAGCGGCGGAACAGUAUUCCAAAGACAAGGAGCGCUUCCAGGCGAAGGUGCGCGAGUAUGUGUCCGCAUACGCGAGAAGAUAAUAAUUCAAGGUUCCCGACCUGUCUCCCAC